AUGUCUAAGGCAGCCGUGAGGAAGCUGCACUGGCACUCCAAGGUCCAGGAUAGCUUCAUCCCCCUGGUUGGUUCCUCGGGGGAUCUGGGCGUGUCAGUGGGCGGUGGAGCCGACUAUGGAGAGUUCCCAUUCGUCACAGCAGCCCCUGGGGGCGGGCUCACUGUGGGCGACGUAAUCCUUGAGAUUGGGGGAACCCCUGUGUUAGGGAUGACACUAGGAGAUGUCCGGGGGGUCCUCCACUCCUGCCUCCAUCCCAUCCGCAUCAAGACCGUCUCACCAGGUGCUGUAAGGCUCAGUGUGGUAACUUACUCCUUGGUCUGGGGACACACUGUGAAUGCUGCUGCUUCCUCUAUCUCUUAAACCGAUUUAACCAAAUUGAGUUAUAGACUUUGUCUGAGGGGGAAUUGUUUUUUUCAUGUCUGUUGCAUAUUCAAACAUCUUAUACAGUACAUGCAUAACAUCAUUGUCAACCUCAACUCCUCCU